CUCCCUUCUGUACAAAUCUGUUAUGCUGAUCAGUCAUUUCAUAAUUGUGCCAAGGUUGGUUUAUGAUAUUAUUAUAAUUAGAAGGAACAAAUUUAGGAGCUAGCUAGCUCUUGAAUUUAAGAGCUCACAAGGGAAGUACCUUAUUUUAUCCAUUUGAUCAAAGAAACCUAGAUCAUAAACAGGUGGGACUUGUAGUAGUAGUAGUCGUAGUGGUGAAGAGAGACAAUAUAUAAAAUGGCAUCAUCAAGCUCCUACAACUCCCCCUGCGCAGCCUGCAAGUUCCUGAGGAGGAAGUGCAUGCCGGGGUGCAUCUUCGCGCCGUAUUUUCCUCCGGAGGAGCCGCAGAAGUUCUCGAACGUCCACAAGAUCUUCGGCGCCAGCAACGUCACAAAGCUUCUCAACGAGCUCCCCCAACACCAGCGGGAGGACGCCGUCAACUCCCUCGCCUAUGAGGCCGAGGCGCGGGUCAGGGACCCCGUCUACGGCUGCGUCGGCGCCAUCUCCUUCCUCCAGCGCCAGGUCCAGCGGCUCCAGAAGGAGCUCGACGCCGCCAACGCCGAUCUCAUCCGCUUCGCCUGCAACGAUCUCCCCCCCGACCACCACCACAACCACCUGCCUCCGCCUCCUCCGCCGCUGACACCGAUGAAUAUCCGCCAAUCCGGAGGAGGGUUUUAUCCGCAAUCCUUCUCUCAUCAGCUUCCGGCUUAUUCUCUCCCAUGGAAUGAUCAGAAUAACAAUCCUUCUUCUGAAAAUGCUAAUGAAGGAGGAGGAGGACACAUAUGAUGAUCAUACAAAAAGGUAAUUAAUUAAUUAUUAUCAAUUAAAUCCCAUCUAGGGUUUCUCUAUAUUGGAAUAAUGUUGGUGUUAUUUGUUUGGUUAAGUUUGGUGAAGAGGGUUUUCUGUGGCCUGAGCAUCACGUGGAGGAGAAUAUAUAUCAGUACUACUCUGGAACAUUUUCAGAUCACUACUUGAAGUUGAGUCGUUGUUAAUUUCUAUUUAUGUUGAUUUUUCAGGUACUUUUGUUUUGGUGGGUAUUAGUUAUAUAUAUUAUUAUUUAUAUGCUAAAACCAAGGACAAUAUGAAUAAGGAGUCUAGAAUUGUGUUAAUUAUUUAUUAAUUAGUUGGGAUUAUAGGGACCUAAA